UGAUGGGUCUUACCGUGUCCUCCACAGCACUGACUAACCUUCAAACUGAAAGCCCCACUACCAUCACUAACCAAACAAGUGCCACUACUACAAAUGCUUCUACUACUACCGUCAUUGCUACAUCCCUCACUGAUACUGACAUUUUCUCUGAAGCCCCUGAAAUCAUUCCAUUCCCUGACCUACCAACUACUACUGACCUUAUUAUCUCUGACCUAACAACUACUGCUGAUGCUAUAAUCUCUGACCUAACAACUAUUGCUGACCCUAUAACCUCUGUCCUACCAACUACUGCUGACCCUAUUACUUAUGUCCUACCAAUUACUUCUGCUCCUAUGAACUCUGAUAUCCCAACUACUGCUGACCCUAUAACCUCUGACCUAACAACUAAUGCUGAUCUUAUAACCUCUGACCUACCAACUACUGCUGAUCCUUUAACCUCUGACCUACCAACUACUGCUGACCCUAUAACUUAUGUCCUACCAAUUACUGUUGCUCCUAUAAACUCUGAUAUUCCAACUACUGCUGACCCAAUAACCUCUGACCUACCAACUACUGCUGACCCUAUAAUCUCUGACCUACCAACUACUGCUGACCCUAUAACUUAUGUCCUACCAAUUACUGUUGCUCCUAUAAACUCUGAUAUUCCAACUACUGCUGACCCAAUAACCUCUGACCUAACAACUACUAUUAAUCCUAUAAACCCUGAUAUUCCAACUACUGCUGAAUAUAUAACGUCUGACCUACCAACUACUGCUGACCCUAUAACCUAUGACCUACCAACUAUUGCGGCUCUUACAAACGCUGAUAUUCCAACUACUGCUGACCCUAUAACCUCUGACCUACCAACUACUGCUAAUUCUCACACUACUAAUACUACCCCUUCAACUGCUAAUGCUCUUCACACUAGCAUACUUACUACUGCUCCUCCAAAUCAUGCUUCCCCUCCAAUUACUACUGACUCUCCAACUACUAUUUCUGGCCUUUCAAUUACCACUACUACUCCUCCACCUACUACUGAGUCUCCAGCUACUCCUGCUCCUCCCACUAACACUAGUUCCUCUCCAACUAUUAAUACCCCUUCAACUGCUCUUGCUCCUCAAACGUAUAAUACUAUUACUGCCCCUCCAACUACUACAUCUACUGCCCCUCCAACUAUAGCUACUACUACUGUCUCUCCAACAACUCCUUCUCACGCUACUACUACUACUAUGCCUUCAAUUAUUAAUGCAAUUACUACAAACCCUUCAACUACUCUUGCUCCUCACAUUAAUAAUACUAUUAGUGCCCCUCCAGCUACUACUACUAGUACAGUCCCUUCAACUACUACUACUAGUACUGUCCCUCCAACUACUACUACUAGUACUGUCUACUGUCCCUCCAACUACUACUACUAG